CUGCAUGUUCAUUUCAUUCAUUUAUUAUCCUUUGCCGGACAAAUAGAUAACCAAACAAAGCAGCGGUAUCCUCCAUCUGGCUGUCUUAAGUAACAAGAGAUGGCCAUCGCUGGUUCCGUCCCCAGAGUCACCACACUUUUUGCCCUCUCUCAGAACCCCAUCAACGUCCCGCAAUUUUCUAUCCCAACUUUCUCCCUUCCCACUUCCAAAUCCAUCUUCACUUCCAUUACUAAUUUAUCUGUGUCUAGUCCUAGAUUUAAAUCAUACAAUGUGAGCCUCUCCAAGACACCUUAUCGCCUCUCCUGCAACUGCAUCUCCGCGGCCACCACUAACACCAAUUACGAGUUUUUUGAUGGAUCUCCAGAGGUGGAAUUGAGAUUACCGCUUGGAAGCCAAGAUUUUCAGAGUUCCAGGGAUAUAUUUGUGGAUGCAGAUGGUACCACCUUAAUUGUCAGAGUACAGCGUUCAGGGUCUUUCACUACACUUAUAGAAACCAAUAAUUUGUUUGAAAAAAUAAAGCCUGCGGAAACAAUCUGGUUUAUAGAUGAUGAUCAACUUGUUAUAAACCUGAAGAAGCAGGAUCCUGAUCUGAAAUGGCCUGACAUUGUGGAGUCAUGGGAAUCCUUGACAGCUGGAGCUAUGCAGCUUCUCAAAGGGACAUCAAUCUACAUCGUUGGCAGUUCAACUGAAAUUAACCAAAAAGUGGCUCGAGAACUUGCAGUAGGUCUUGGGUACACACCUCUUGAUACACAGGAGCUACUAGAAACCUUUUUCAAGCAAAAGAUUGAUUCAUGGGUUCUUGCUGAAGGUUCUGACUCUCUAGUUGAGGCCGAAAGUGCUAUAUUAGAAAGCCUGAGUAGUCAUGUUCGUGCUGUUGUUUCAACUUUAGGAGGGAAGCAUGGAGCUGCAACAAAGGCUGAUAAAUGGCGACUUCUUUAUGCAGGAUUUACUGUCUUUCUUUCACAAACUGAAGCCAUAGAUGGAGAUUUGGCAAAGGAGGAGGCCAGAAGGCAAGUUCAAGAUGGUAGCUUAGCUUACACAAAUGCGGAUGUGGUUGUCAAGAUCCAGGGUUGGGAUGCUGAUCAUGCGAAAAGUGUUGCUCAGGCAUCUUUGAGUGCCCUCAAGCAGUUGAUUCUGUCAGACAAGAAGCUUCCAGGUAAGAAGAGCCUUUAUAUUAGGUUAGGAUGCCGGGGUGAUUGGCCAAAUAUCAAGCCUCCAGGAUGGGAUCCAUCAGCAGAAGCGGAUGCGACCUCCUAGAAUGUUACAGAGUUGAUCAUUGAACAAUUGCUCCAAGGUGAAAUAGUUGUCGUUACCAUGUCCAUGGAGUUCAUUUUUAAGAGAUUUUGUCUUAGAUGACUUCAUGUAUGUGACAAUAUGCGAUUACUUUUGCAGUUUAGCACAACUAAUGAAUUUAUGAUUCUCAUAUGAAAUUAUCUUAAUACUUUUAGUUUAAAUGAGGUGACAUGAUUCAAAAUAAAACAAUAAAAUUUGUUUGCACAA